ACGUGUUCUUCGAGCACCCCUCUCUGACACCCUUCUAUCUGCUUAUAGUCCAGGAAAAGUCCAUUUGAACCUGAAAGUUAAUCACGGAAGGUCGGCAAUAACAGCAUCUAAGAUGUAUGCCGUUUGCCUGUUUGUUUUCAUCGGCCUUGUUUUCCAAGCCCAGGCAGGCACAUGUCAGCUGUACAAGAAAGAGGGCGAUCAUUGCAACUCAUUUGAUGCCAUGAACGGCUACUGCAGCUGUGAACCCGGAACCUACUGUCAUACAUACCAGGAGGCGCUACCCACUGCACCAGCCACGCAUAUGUUGGUUCGUUCCAUGCUCCCGCCGAAACCAGGUUACCACUGGGUGUCCGAGUGCCAGAAGAAAAAUCCGUAGAAUUGUGACGAAGAACUAUGUUCAAGAAUUUUUACGGCACAACAAAGACUUCUGAAUAUACAAUUAUGAGGUUUUAAUGAAUACCCACACACUUCGCCUGUCUGUCUGUCUCUCUCUCUCUCUCACACACACGCACACACACUCACAAACAAAAUUGUGAAC